AUGCCUGCGCGAAAGGGCUUGCUCGCACCGCAAAACACCUUCCUGGAUACCAUCGCAACCAGGUUUGAUGGAACUCACAGCAACUUCGUGCUGGGCAAUGCACAGGUGCCGGCGCUGUUUCCCAUCGUGUACUGCUCAGACGGUUUCUGCGAGCUGACGGGCUACCCGAGGGCCCAGAUCAUGCAGAAGGGAUGCGCGUGUGCCUUCCUCUACGGCUCCGACACCAAGGAGGACGCCAUCCGCGAGAUCGACGACGCCCUCGAGAACAAGACCGAGCUCAAGCUCGAGCUCAUCUUCUACAAGAAGAACGGCAGCCCUUUCUGGUGCCUUCUGGACAUCGUGCCCAUCAAAAACGAGAAGCAUGAAGUCGUCCUGUUCCUCGCCUCGCACAAGGAUAUCACCAAAUCCAAGAUGGCCGAGAUUGAGACGGACGACGCGGACGAGACGGCGGAACUCGACGCCAACGGGAACGUGGACUUCGAAGGCUGCGCGCCCAGCAACAACUACCAGAGGCGUCGGAGUCGAGCCGUCCUCUACCAGCUGUCCGGGCACUACCGGCACGAGAAGAAGAUGUCCAAGCUCAAAAUCAACAACAACCUCCUCCAUUCGACGGCCUUGCCCGAGUACAAGACGGCGGCCAUCAAGAAGUCCCGCUUCAUCCUGUCCCACUACGGAGCCUUCAAGACGUGCUGGGACUGGCUCAUCCUCGUCGCCACCGUCUACGUGGCCGUCGUCGUGCCUUACAGCGCCUGCUUCGGGGAAAUGCAGGUGGACGGCAACAGGACAAUCAUCUCGGACGUCAUCGUCGAGGCCAUGUUCAUCAUCGACAUUGGCCUGAACUUCCGCACGACGUACGUGAACAAGAAGGGCGAGGUGGUGGCCAAGCCCAAGUCGGUGGCCCUCAACUACCUGCGGGGGUGGUUUAUCGUGGACCUCCUCGCCGCACUGCCCUUCGACCUGCUCAACGCGGCCGGACUCUACAGCCGAGACAACCAGAUGUACCUGCACCUGUUGAAGCUGACCCGGCUACUGCGGCUGGCGCGGCUCCUGCAGAAGAUGGACCGCUACUCGCAGUACAGCGUGGUCGUGCUCACGCUGCUCAUGCUCAUGUUCACGCUCGUCUCCCACUGGCUCGCAUGCAUCUGGUUCGUCAUCGCCGUCCAGGAGAUGGAGAGCUUCCCGCAGAACAACAUCAGCUGGCUGAGCCAGCUGUCCAUGAAGCUGGAGUACGACGUCCUGCGGCCCUUGGACAUGGCGGCCACCUACAUUACGGCACUCUACUUCACCACCAGCUCGCUCACGAGCGUGGGCUUCGGCAACGUGGCCGCCAACACAAACGCCGAAAAAGUCUUUUCCAUUCUCACCAUGCUCAUUGGAGCCCUGAUGCACGCUGUGGUGUUCGGCAACGUGACGGCCAUCAUCCAGCGGAUGUACGCGCGGCGGUCCCUGUACCAGACCAAGCUGCGGGACCUGAAGGACUUCUUCCGGCUCCAUCAGCUCCCCAAGCAGCUCCGCCAGCGCAUGAUGGACUUCUUCCAGACCACCUGGUCGCUCAACAACGGCAUAGACCCAAACGACGUGCUCCGCGAGUUCCCGGACGAACUGCUGGGCGACGUGUCCAUGCACUUGCACAAGGAGAUCCUGUCGCUGCCCAUCUUCGAGCCGGCGCCGCAGGGCUGCCUCAAACUACUCUCGCGCCACGUGCGCAGCAACUUCUGCGCACCGGGGGAGUACCUGGUGCACAAGGGCGACGCCCUGUCCUACAUCCACCUCGUCUGCAACGGCUCCAUGGAGGUGCUCCAGGAGAGCAUGGUCGUCGCCAUCCUCGGCAAGGGCGACCUGGUGGGCAGCGACAUCUCACUAACGUCCGGCGCCGAGACCGUGAUGAGGUCGAGCAGUGACGUGAAGGCCCUGACGUACUGCGACCUCAAGUGCCUUUUCAUCCCGGGUCUCCUCGAAGUGCUCAAGCUGUACCCGGAGUUCGCCGAGAGCUUCUGUCACGACAUUGUCCACGACCUCACCUACAACCUCAGGGAGGGAUACGAGAACGAGGCGGAGGAAACGAACGGCGUCUGUUCUCUCACCUUGCCGUCCAUCUCGGAAGACGACGAGGAGACGGACAGCAACGAGACGGCGCCCGGGUCGCCGGUCUCCAACACGCAGGACGCCGCCGGAGGCAAGCCUGCCAAGGACGAGCCCUGGGAAGCAGGCGGCGCCGCCAAGGCGUCCGCGGCGGCCGCGCAGCCGCUGCUCACACCCGCGGCAGCCACGGUUCGAACCACGGAGACCGUGUUCCCGCCGCGGAGAACUUCGGUUCUGGGUUCGCCGUUCCGGACGCCCGGCUCCAUCGCCAUGGACAAGCUGCGGCCCGUGGCGACGCUACCGCACCUCGGCCGGUCCGUGGAGCUGUUCGAGAUCCGCGACGAGAUGGAACAACUCCGCGGAAGCGUGGACCGCCUCGACGUCCAACUCAAGAGCGUGUCCCAAGACGUCAGCGGGCUGGCGCAAGAGCUCCGCGCCAGCGCCCGCCUGCUGCAGCAACUCUGCAACGGCGGCCAGCAGCCAGCGUCCCCGCCGCCACCCCCGAUUCCCCUACUACCCCAGCCGCACCCGUUCGGCCCUCCGCGAAGGGUCUCCCACCAGGGUUCCCAGACGGACUGCAGCCUGCUCGAGGAGAUGCUGGCCAAAAUGGCCGACUCGGGCUCCCCCCCGCCCAACUCGGGCUACUCGUCGGGCUCUUCCAACGAGGAACGGGUCAAGUUUGUCAUCGGGCACCCGUCGCCGCGACGCUGCAUCGCGUCGUCGUCGGACGACAGCGCCCUGCUCAGCGUCUCCAGGGACCACCUGGUGCCGUCGGCCACGCUGUCCCCGCGCUCCUGGCAAGUUUCGGCCGAGUUCACGGAAGUGCCCGCGUCUCCCGGAAGAUCCGAUCACGUGGUGGAUGUCGAGGACAACCUACGCCGACGACUCUCCACGGAACUAUAG